AAUUUAACGCGGCCGAUAAAAUAAUUGCUUAUAAGGGUCGCGGUAAUAAUUAUAUAGAGAAAAUAAAUUCAGUAAAUUUUAAAAAAAGCCCAUUUUGCGUUAAUUAGAGGACGCGUUAAAUUAUAGAGAAAUGACCCCUGUGGAAAAAACCAAAAGAAGUACAGCAAACAAAUUAAAGACCCUGGGGCAUAGUGUCGUGCACCGUACGAAUGGAAGCAAUGAUGGCGUCUAAGUAGCGACGGACAUCUGCUUUACAGAGAAAUUCACAGGGAUUGGGUGUUUUUUUAAAUUUAUUUUGACCCCUUUUUUAUUAUUUUUCGUUUAGUGUCAUACUGAGACUACCCAAUGUUACUACAGUAACUGACAAAGUCACUAGUGAUGCUGAAAAGAGUUUUUUGUAUCUCGCUAUUAAAUCUGUCUUUUAAAAUAUGAGGCCUGGGUUUGUCUUGUGACAUCAUCAUUAUCAUCAUCAUUCUCGGCUUAACGUCCGUUUUCCAUGCAAGCAUGGGUUGGAUGGGGUAUAUUAAUGACCCUCUUCUAAUCUGAUCAAUUUUGAAACAAUUUUCGUAAAUAUCUACAAUUUUCCUUAGUGUUUUUGUUCUUGUAAAAUGCCGUUACAUUUUAUCGAACGACUUCUUUAACGAUUUCUUUAAGUUUCGUUUGUUAUCUGUGUUAGAUCUAAACUCAACUUCUUCUGUAUCAAGUCUGUCCUUAUAACUUCUGCCAAGUCUUUCUCGGUCUGCCUCUAGGCUUGCCCCAGGAACUAUCAAGUCUCUACACUUUCUUACCCAAUUAUCACCCACUCCAUUCUUUCCAAGUACCCCAGCCAAUUCAAUCUUCUUAUCUGGAUAACAUCUUUAACAAACAAAAAGAGGUCGUCAAGCUUAGGUGAUUUUGUCUGGUAAAAUUAACCCACCCCUGCUUCGUGUGUGAAAAUCAGUGUCUUAUUCCCUCUCGCUUUCCCCAUCGUACAUUGAACAAUCAAAUUGGUUUAGUUUAAGUUUGUUCGAGCGAACAUGUUGUUGUAGUUUGCUCGGCUAAACUUUAGAAUAUCCCCUUCAAAUAGUAAAUUAAAUUUAAUACAACCAACGACCAACUUUUGUAAAAUCAUUAACCAAAAUAACGCUAUAUGCAACGUCUUCAACACUAUCACGUUAGCGCCUACGCGUCUUUUAAUUCGUUGCUUCGCGCAAUGUCACGACAUCGUAUCCGACGUUAAAAAUAACGACCGUUUAUUAAAAAAGUCAUUCUUGUAACAAACGGCUUCGCGUAUCUAUCGCCCAUAUCUUUUAUAAUGUAUUCUUCAAAAUCAAUUAUUAAUUCACAACCUGAAGAAGUUUGGGCCGAAUUAAACUCAAGAUUUAUUAAUCAUGACGUCAAGUAUGAAAACGUUCUAUCCGAACAAUUGUUUACAUACCUUAACAAUAAAGCAACAGCUGCAGGUACAAACAUUGGAUAUGUUCUUGCUUCCGUAAUAACUACAGCUAAUUACUUGACCUCUAAAAAUCACGGUUCGAUCGAAAUAAGAAAUGGUUAUAGCAUUAACCUUAACACAUUUUUCUUGUUUGUUGGGCAGCCGUCUACAGGAAAGUCGCCCGCUAUUAAGAUGGCAGUUAAUCAACCAUUAAAGGCUAUUCAAGAAGAUACAGACAUUAUAUCUAACACCACCACAUCUGGCUUGACAAAGUGCCUCUGUACAAGAAAAUGUACAUACAUUGUUAAUGCCGAAAUACAGGAGUACUUGUACAAAAUAUUGAAAAAAAACGAUGAGAAUUACACUGGGGAUAUGGAGAUUCUAUCGAAGAUUUUUAGUGGAGAAAAUGUGUCUAUUCAAUUCAGUACUGAAAAUAACAGAUAUAUACCUGAAAAUUGCGCAUUGUGCAUAUUAGGUGCUACACAAAUAAAAAGCAUGGCUUUUAUUUUGUCUUUAAUGGAUAAAGGUAAUGGAUUUUUGGACCGAUUUUUAAUUAUAACGCCUCGUUCAUACCGUCCGAUGCCCAAGGAACAACAAAUCGCCCAACAAUCCUCAACAACAAUCGAUAUUAAGGAUAUUUAUGCCAACUAUGUACACAUAGAUAAUACAAUAUUCUAUUUUGACGAAAAUGCGUUAAAAUUGUACGACAACAUGGAGACACAGUUUUUGACCGAUCUAAACAACGAUCUUUUGCACGGCAGACCAACCAGCAAGUCUAAAAAACCAGAGUUAAUUCCAAAAGUUGCUGUCGCUCUACACACAGUGGAAUACUUUUAUAAUGCCCUUUUUAAUGAAGUUGAAUUUACAUGUCUACCAGAAGCUAUUUCCUUGCAAACAUUGGAACGUGCCAUAAUGUAUGUUGAAUCAAUUGAUGAACAGAAAGAAUUAUUUUACACAUAUAUCACAGAAUUGGUUAGUACCAGCAAAACACCAUCAGUUAAACGUGCCCCAACUUCUGAUGAAUAUAAAAAAGCUGUUUUAAUGACACCGGGUGCCUUCGUCACAUACAGAUCUUUCAAACAAAGUACAUCAAAAAGAUUUCGCGGUUUACUAUCCCAAGAAUUUGUUAAGUUUAUAGAAAACUUUGUUAACAAAGACAUUGGUCGUUUGGUUAGUGUAAGAGCAGUUGGGUCGUCAAAAUCAUCAAAAGUAUUUGUUAAAAAAGAAUUUAGGGACUUGCCAUCCGAAAUAAAAAAUUGGUUACAAGAAAGUGAAUAUGAAACAAAAAGGCUCGCCAAACAUCCUGUUUGUAUUACGGAUCGGAUUAUCGAGUCUAUUAAUCUUGAAAUUCAUUAGCAAAAAUUUUU